AUGUACUCUUCACUUUCUUCUGUUUUUGAGGAACUUGAGCAAGAAAGUGGCAGACUGAAGAAUAUUGCCUGUGCUUGCCAAUUUUUUCAUGAAGUCUUGGAUUUUAGUCCUGCUGCCGACACUGAUAACAAGAUAAGAGAUUUGACAAUGGUUACCUACUUGAUGGUGAAUAGAUUGGGCCCCGAUUACAUUCCUGGUCUUGAAUUGGGACUUGGUGAAACACUACUUUUGAAAGCCCUUGCACAGAGUACAGGCCGAGAACUUCCACAACUUCGAAAAGAGUAUCACGUCGAGGGUGAUAUUGGAGUUGUUGCCCAGAAGAGUAGGUCCAAACAGCGUGUAAUGUUCAAACCAAAAAGGUUGUCUGUUUUAGAGGUUUGGAAAGGAUUAAAUGAGAUUGCUAAAUCUGAAGGUACAAAUUCACAGAGUAAAAAGAUAGGGGUCAUCAACAAAAUGCUGACAGCGUGUGAAGGGACCGAAGCCAAAUUUUUGAUGCGGUCGUUAGAAGGUAAACUCAGAAUCAAUUUUGGUGAGAAGAGUAUAAUUGUUGCACUAUCGAAAGCUAUCGUAGAAUGGCAGUUAAAACAACAAAACGAGGCAAUCACCACGGAAUUAAUAGUCAAAGCAGAAGAACAAUUCAAGGAAGCAUUUUGCCAGUUGCCUAACUAUGAGAUAUUAAUCAAGAUUGCUCUAAAUGAAGGUAUAUUGAAUAUGGUGGAGCAUAGUGGCCUAAGUCCAGGGAUUCCAUUGAAACCCAUGUUAGCCAAGCCGACUAAGAGUGUAAGUGAAAUAUUUGAUACUUUAGAGGGUAAGAGAUUCACCUGUGAAUACAAGUAUGAUGGCGAAAGGGCUCAACUUCAUCUUUCGGAAGAUGGAAAAAUGCAUGUGUAUUCAAGAAAUUCAGAAAAUAUGACAGAGAGAUACCCAGACUUGAUUCCUGUUGUUAACGAGCUGAAACUUCAGAAUCCAAAGAUAAAGACCUUGAUAUUGGAUUGUGAAUGUGUAGCGUGGGACAAUGAAACCAAGAGGAUUUUGCCAUUUCAGAUUUUAUCCACACGGAAGAGGAAAGACGUUCAGGAGAAAGAUAUCAAAGUUCGGGUCUGUUUGUUUGCGUUUGACAUUCUUUAUUACAAUGGUGAAUCACUCAUUCAAAAACCGCUGGCUGAGAGAAGGGAAUUUUUGUAUGAUAAUUUGAAAGAUAUUGAAGGUAAAUUUACUUUUGCCACCAAAAUGGAUACCGAUAAUGUAGAGCAAAUCACAAAGUUUUUGGAUCAAUCGGUUCAUGAUGCAUGUGAGGGCUUGAUGAUCAAAACAUUGGAUGGCAAAGAAUCAUACUACGAGCCAUCUAAACGUUCAAGAAACUGGUUGAAGCUCAAGAAAGAUUAUUUGGAAGGUGUUGGAGAUUCACUCGAUCUAGUUGUUGUAGGUGGUUAUAUUGGGAAGGGAAAACGUACAGGUUGGUACGGUGGUUUUUUACUUGCAUCUUACAACCAAGAUACUGGUGACUUUGAAACCGUGUGUAAGAUUGGUACUGGUUUCAGUGAGGAAUUGUUGCAAAAACUACACGAAAUAUUGAAGCCUACACAAAUUGAGAAGGCAAAGCCCUCCUACGUAUAUGAUUCAUCAAAUUCUAAUGCAAGUCCUGACGUUUGGUUUGAGCCUACCAUUUUAUUUGAAGUUAAAGUUGCAGAUUUGACGACUUCUCCUGUUUACAAAUGUGGCAUUACAUAUUUUGGAGAUGGCGAGAAGGGGAUUUCUUUACGUUUUCCAAGAUUCAUGCAAAUCAGAAACGAUAAAUCACCUGAGGAUGCUACCAGUAGUGAUCAGAUUGUGGAAAUGUACAGCAGCCAAGCAAACUUACAAUAA